AUGGAGACCCACCGUAGAGAUCAGCUGAUCGAAUGGAUCAAAGGUCUAUUGGCCGUGCCCUUCGUUCUCAAUUCACAGCCAGCCGUUGAGUACGACGAGACCAACACGCAAAGUCUGGACACAAUGGCGAGGUCGGCCCGACAGAGAUACGCGGAGAUUUUUCGAGAUGUAGAGGAUUUGAUCCUGGAUCAGAUCAACCACCAAGGCACGCAGAACACAAGAUCCAAGCUUAGUAUGCUUGUGCCGACCAUCUCGACCUUCUUCACACCCCUUGCGCUAGAGGACGCCUUCAACUACCAGGAUUCGAUACGAGCGAUCUCAUCACGGCGUUUCGUUGCACCAUCAUUCAAUGAUAUACGAUUAAUCCUCAACACUGCUCAGAUAAUGGCCAUGUUGCAACCGAAACCGUACCGCUCACUCAAGGCGAAGCCAUCUCCCGGAUUGGAACUGCUGACGUUCGAUGGUGAUGUGACACUUUACGAGGACGGCGCAUCCCUUCACUCACCAGAAGCGAACCCGGUCAUCCAUCGCCUGCUACAUUUCCUCGCCCGAGAUGUCCGAAUCGGCAUUGUCACAGCGGCCGGGUACAUGCAACCGCAGCACUACUACAAUCGUCUGUCCGGCCUGCUUGUGGCAAUCAAUGAAUCUGCGGACUUAACAUCCACACAGAAGUCCAAUCUGAUCAUCAUGGGGGGAGAAUCGAACUUCCUCCUGGCGUUUGACGAAAAGGCAGAACACUGCUUGCGAUACGUUCAUCGACGAGAAUGGGUCCUCGAUGCCAUGAAGAAUUGGUCCGAGCCUGAGAUACAAUCACUCCUGGAUGUGGCAGAGGCUGCGUUCCACUCGUGCAUCCGGACCCUCCACUUGCAGGCCAAAGUACUGCGGAAAGAACGAGCUGUCGGCAUCUAUGCUGCAGACCAAUCAAAGAAAUUGACUCGGGAGCAAUUGGAAGAGACUGUCUUGGUUGUACAGCAAGUGGUGGAGUCUACCAUGACCAGCUCCAGGCCUGACGAGCCGCCUGCACACACGAGUAUACCAUUUACUGUCUUCAAUGGCGGAGCAGAUGUCUUCUGCGACAUUGGCGACAAGUCGCUGGGAGUGCAAGCAUGUCAGGAAUGGUUCGGUGGGAUCUUGCCAUCUCGCACCCUUCAUGUGGGUGAUCAAUUCUUGAGUGGUGGUGGGAAUGAUUUCAAAGCGAGAAGUGCGUGUUGCUGUGCUUGGAUUGCUAGUCCGGCUGAGACGGUGUCAUUGUUGGAUGAGAUGAUAGCAUUGGGCGAUGACAGACCAGGAUCAACGUAG